AAUCGUGUAAACCCGUAACCGCCCCCCGGUCGUGUGUCAUUGUUCAUUACAACGAAAUCAUUUUGGUUCAUCAUUGAGCACGAGCACAUUCUAGAGUUUCAACCUUUUUCACUUGGCACUCUAUCGUAUUUUCAUAUCCACGCUCCCCUGCACUCCCAUACCAUCCCAACCACCUCUGCAUAUUCAUCAUGGCUGACAACAACACUGGAGCUAUCGACCCCAAGACUGGCACUUCUGGCCACGCUCAAACCGGAGAACGAUUCGAAGUCGCCCCGGAGAACGCUCACCUCCGUCUCGACAAGAAGGAUGAACGAUCCCACGCCAACGCUUUGGCCGACGCUGAGAAAGUAGCUGCUGUCGAACGAGCUGUCGAGGAAAAGAAGAAGGAACUUCAGGAACACCCAACGGCCAUUGCUGAAUCUCAUGGCAACAAACCGUCUCGAGGUGCCGUCAUUGAUGAGCAGCUCAUCCAGGAGGAGAAGGAAGAGUUGGCGAAGAAGGAAGAGGCAAAGAAGCAGAGUGAGGAAGCGCACAAGCACUAGGUCGUUUGAGCAGGACCGACGAGACAUAAACAGAUGACACGAAGAGAGAAAAAAUGCAUAGUCAACCUCAUCAUAAUC